UCUUCAGUUCUUCAGUUUUCCGCUAGGUGGCGAUACGGCGGGCGCAAAGUAAAGUCUCAGACGUGCGAGUGGUCGAAUUUUUUCUAUACGUGAAAUAACCAAGUGCAAAUAUCAAACGCAACGCAAUGGCUGCUAGAUUUAUACAGAAAAUUCUAAAACAAUUGGGUUUAAAUGCUGCGCGUGAUGCGGCGACAGCGACCGAGUCAACGGCCUUGGCCGGAGCGACACUUCAAGCCAAGGUGAACACAACGCCCGCGGCUGCCCGUGCCUAUUCAUCCGGCAACAAAAAGGUGACACUCAUACCCGGCGAUGGCAUUGGUCCCGAGAUCUCUGCCGCCGUGCAAAAGAUUUUCACUGCCGCCAAUGUGCCCAUCGAGUGGGAGGCUGUCGAUGUGACGCCUGUUCGUGGUCCCGAUGGUAAAUUUGGCAUACCCCAGGCUGCCAUUGAUUCGGUGAACACGAACAAGAUUGGCCUCAAGGGUCCACUGAUGACACCCGUGGGCAAGGGACAUCGCUCGCUCAACUUGGCCCUGCGUAAGGAGUUCAAUCUGUAUGCCAAUGUGCGUCCCUGCCGCAGCUUGGAGGGCUAUAAGACCCUCUACGACGAUGUCGAUGUGGUGACCAUUCGCGAGAACACCGAGGGCGAGUACUCGGGCAUUGAGCACGAGAUUGUUGACGGUGUGGUGCAGAGCAUCAAGCUGAUCACCGAGGAGGCCUCCAAGCGUGUGGCCGAAUACGCCUUCCAAUAUGCCAAGAACAACAAUCGCAAGAAGGUCACCGUUGUCCACAAGGCCAACAUUAUGCGCAUGUCCGAUGGCCUGUUUCUGCGUUGUGUGCGCGACAUGGCGCAAAAGUACCCGGAAAUUCAGUUUGAGGAGCGUUACUUGGAUACCGUGUGCCUCAACAUGGUGCAGAACCCAGGCAAAUACGAUGUGCUGGUGAUGCCCAAUCUGUAUGGUGAUAUUCUGUCUGAUAUGUGCGCCGGUCUGGUUGGCGGUUUGGGCCUGACGCCAUCGGGCAACAUGGGACUGAACGGUGCUCUGUUCGAGUCUGUGCACGGCACUGCGCCCGAUAUUGCUGGCAAGGAUCUGGCCAAUCCCACGGCGCUGCUGCUCUCCGCUGUGAUGAUGUUGCGUCACAUGGAGCUCAAUUCGCAUGCCGAUAAAAUUGAGCGUGCCGCCUUCGAGACCAUCAAGGAGGGCAAAUAUCUGACCGGUGAUCUCGGCGGUCGUGCCAAGUGCUCCGAGUUCACGAACGAGAUCUGCGCCAAGCUCUAAGCACGAACACCAUGCAACUAAUAAAUGUCGCAACUGCAGAGUGUUCCACAUUGGGAGCCGCAACAACAACAAUGACAUUAUUGGACACUCUUGCGCCUCAAACCAAAAAAAAAAAGGAAGAAAAAUGAUAAUAGCAACAAAGAAAACAAGAAAGCUACAACAACUAGCAACCAAUACAACAACAACAACAACAACUAGCAACCAACACAACAACAACAACAACAACUACAACACUCAAAUUAAGCCGACAGUUUCUAAUGUGUGUGUUUUUUUUUUUAUUUAGUUAAAUUUAAAUUUAUGCAAAAGAGAACCCAAAGUAUUUUUAUGUUCGAAUACUUAAAUUAAACAAAAGAAUGAAAGAAUUAUGCAAUCAGUUAACAAUUUGCUGAGGUCCAAAAUUGAUAUUGUUAACAAGAAAGUAAAGUAUUUAUUUGUCGCCAUCCUGAUGAACCAAUAAUACUACUUAAUUAUUAUUAUUGUUUAUUAUUGAAAAUACACGCUUGCAUGUAUAUCAAAACCAAAACAAACAAACAAACAAAAAAAGUAUGCCAACAAAAGUAAUUGUAAUUAUUUAUUAAUUGUUUAGAAAUUAUGCCCUCCCAUUAAAACCCCUCCUCACAAAAAAAAACCAAACAAAACAAACAAAAAAAAAAACAAGAAAACAAAAA